AUGUCACCACGCACCACAAACGAAAGCGUACCAAUGGACUGGAACGACAUCGUCACGGUCGUUGUUGGUGAAGGCCCUGAUGAGCGUAAGUUUACAGCUCAUGCAUCAGCGCUCAAGCGGAUCGACUUCUUCAAGGCUUGUCUCAACGCAAACAUAAGGGAAGCGAACGACCUCGUCAUUCGCCUUCCUGAAGAUGACGGCGACGUUUUCAUUGCACAAUUCAGAGACGAAAUCAUCAAGCGCACGGCAGUCUAUGCUCUAGCUCGCAAGCUAUGUGCCGAGAAAGCCAGUAAUGAUGCGUUCGACAUCCUUCACGAGCAUUUCCUCAGCUGGUUCUACAACGCAGACCAGUUGUGCAUGGUCUUCGAAACUUUAGACAGCUCUGACCCUUUGUGGCAAUUCUUCACACGCAUGACAGCAAUGCACGUCAAAGAAGAAGGUCUCAACAAAUUCGUGACGUCUGACGAGACUUACCUUCUGCUCAGCGAUCGUGCUGACUACCUCAAAUUCCUCGUUGAAGCGAUGGCCGAAGAUCUCAAGCCGAAGACCCGGGUUCUCAGAGAUGUUUGUGCGUGGCAUACUCACAUCACCACAACUGUAUGCAAGAGCACGUCCGCAAAUUGA